CCGGGGCUGUCUAACCCAGUGUCAAUCAGUCUGUGUUUUUAUGGUAGCGUCCCCGCCCUUCUUCAAAGGUCGAGAUCCUCCUCCUCAAACAGAGAGAGAGAGAGAGGACUCUUUGCUCAGGGCUCCUCCCAGUGAGCAGAGGCUCUCUGCCUUUCGCGUCCAGAGUCUGGGGCAGUUUCAGCAGGAGAGGAGCUGGGAACAAGGCGGUUGCAGCAUGGAAUCUCAGAACCAGUCUUCCCUCGUUACCUCGUCUGGAGAAAGCGGGGAUGCAGCGGUUUCCUCUUCGGGAGUGUCUCUGGAUAAUUUGCUUUCUUCUUCCUCUCAGCAUAUCUCUGUAACUGAAGUGAAGGAUUUGAUCUACUGGCGUGAUCCUAAGAAGACAGGGGUUGUGUUUGGGUCCAUUCUGACCUUGUUGGUCUCGCUGGCAGUGUUUAGUGUGGUCAGUGUGUUGGCCUAUCUUGUGCUGGCUUUGCUGUCCGUCACCAUCAGUUUCCGCAUCUACAAGUCCGUGGUACAGGCUGUGCAGAAAACCAACGAUGGAAAUCCCUUCAAGCCUUAUCUGGAACAGGAUAUCACCAUGUCUUCGGAAACAUUCCAUAAAUACUGCACCAUAGGCUUCACCCACUUGAACAGAGUGCUGAAAUAUCUGCUGCAGCUUUUCCUGGUCCAGGAUCUAGUGGAUUCACUGAAGCUUGCAGUUCUCAUGUGGCUAAUGACCUACGUUGGAGCUGUCUUCAAUGGGUUGACUCUCCUGAUUUUGGCGGUACUGUUGACCUUCAGCAUCCCAAUCAUCUAUCAAGCUUACCAGACACAGAUUGAUCAUUACAUUGAACUAGUUCAGAAGCAGGCAGCCUGUGCUUUUGGGAAGAUCCAAGAGAAGCUUCCAGGCGCAAAACGAAAGAGCGAGUAACAGCAGGGGAGACCCCGCUCAGCACCCUCCAUUGCCACUCCUCCCUUUGUCCUCACUACUAAACUAAAACUCUGUAUUGGAGCUAAAUGCUUGCUGUCUGUCUGCUUGGGCCUGCGUGCCACCAUUCCUGCUGUUGUGGACUGCUUCCAGGAUUUUGCUAUUUGUUCUUGCCUCCCCCACACCCUCACCCUCUACCCCCCGGUCGAUCUCAGCCAGCAAGGGGGUCACUAGUACGUUGUGUGUCUGUUGAUCACUGGCUUAAGACACAUUCCUUUUCUGCUGCUUCUGUUUCAAAGAGAUUAUAAAUAUAUAUAUUUUCUGUUUUGCCCUUCUCUGAAAAACACUGUCUGUAAACUGCUGUAGAAAUUACUGAGCUACAGGGUGGAGAUCAAGAGAGAACCAAUCUCCUUCCCCCAAUUGUGUAUAUAAUUGAGGGUGCAUGUGAAAAUAUUUGUCACUGUUAACUGAACAGUCUUUGAGAAACUGGGGGAGGAGGAGUAGGAAAUAGGCAAGUGACAGAUGAAUUUCUGAAUUGUAAGUGAUGUAUGUCUGUAGUUAGUGUGUGUGUGUGUGUGUGUAUAUAUAUGCCAUUCAAUCUGCCCCAUUCCCCCUACCAGGUUUCAGUACUGGCUUUGCAAAAGUAACUGUCCUUCCCCCUCCCACCCCCUGUCCUUGAGUCUUGUUUGAAGAGGACACUAUGCUCUUGAGGUGCUGUUCUCAUUUCAUUCCCCACUUGCCUGCUUGGUCCAUUGUGUGAGAUAACCACAGAUUGUCAUUCCAUUAUGAGAUAUUCCUGCAGCAAACUUCACCAAGGGAUGGCAUGGCAAUCUCAAUAAAAUGGUUAACCUCAAGGUACACUGGCCAAUAAGCUAUUGAUUAGAAGGACGGGUGCGUGUUUAGGGGAGGAGCUAUGAUCUUUGGAAUAUGCCCCAUGUAGGAGGGCAGGGCAGAUAAUAGCAGGACAAAGCCCAUGUCGACCUCUUUCUGACUCUGUGUACUCGCACAGUUGUAACUCUGUAUAGAACACUGGAGGGCGAAGUAGUGUAGGACUGCAAGGUGUGCGGUUGUCCUCUCCCUACCUAAUAAAGGCCUGCCCUGUAUUGGGGGCUUGCAUGGACACAGUAGAACCUGCUACCUUUUUUAAAAAAACAGAAUUCCUAUUGCUUUGAUUGUACUUAAACAAGCUCCUAGACAUUUAAUUGGUUGUUGUUAAUUUUAAUUGCUUAACUUUGUAGUUUAUGAUUCACUUCCCUCCCUUACUGUGCUGCACCAAGAGCGCACAUCAUAAAGGCAUAACAUCCUCAUUGUUGGCCCAAAACUCUGAAUUAAUCUACUUCCAUGUCAGGAUUCAGCUUUUGACCAAGUGAAAAGUUGAAAUUAGCUUCUGAGGGGUGGUAUGUAAAUCAUGAGUCGAGAGGUUUGGCCACUGUGUGCUAUAGCAUUCUUCACUGAGCUUAGGUUUAUCCAUACAAAUACUUAAGGGUGAGGUUAGCCACCCUAUCUGUUGGCUAAAGCCCUUAUGAAUUCAUGUCAGGACAUUGCUGUAGCUACAUACAGCCUGAGAUAACAUUAUAACUGCAGUUAUACCUUCCCUCCGUCUUUCCAUUCUCUAACUUCCCACCCACUGCAGGACUGUUUGGGCAGUUGAAACCUGAUGUUUUAAUGUUUGUCUAGUAAGGUCAGGCUUUUUGGAGCCAAUUGUGUUUUUGAGGGAGCGAACUGAACAGGGGAAGUAUAACUGAGUGCUUGGAAAUCUGUGUAUGUUAGGAUUAGAUGGAACUGUUGAGAAUCAGACAAUUCCUGCAAAAAUGUUAUUGUGAAGUUGAUAAUUAAAUUACAUCCUUAUUGUUUA